GUACUUAGCCACGUCGAAUUUCUAAUCAAAGCCAUCGGUAACAAUAAAACUAACCAUUGGACCGUUGAGAUUAUAACGUGUUGUCACUCUCCUGGGGGAGACGCAAAGAGAGAGAAAAUUGACUCAGCGAGAGAGAGAGAGAGAGAGAGAGAGAGAGGCGAAGAGGAGAGGGAGUUUGCGUGAGUCACAACUCACAUGGCCUCCAUGCCCUUGGGGCCGCACCACCGUCAACCACCGCCUGCGGCAGCUCCACUACAACCGCCACCACAGGCACAAGCUGGAAAUGAUCCACUGAAGGUGGCUGUUCGCCGUGGCUCCGAUAGUGAGACCGAUAAGGAAAUGCCAGCUACUGUCGUUGAGGGGAAUGAUGCAGUCACUGGCCACAUCAUAUCCACCACAAUUGGAGGCAAAAAUGGGGAACCUAAACAGACCAUCAGUUACAUGGCAGAACGUGUUGUUGGCACUGGAUCAUUUGGAAUUGUUUUCCAGGCAAAGUGCUUGGAGACUGGGGAGACCGUAGCUAUAAAGAAGGUCUUGCAGGACAGGCGGUACAAGAAUCGUGAACUGCAGUUAAUGCGCCUGAUGGAUCAUCCCAAUGUAAUUUCUCUGAAGCACUGUUUCUUCUCUACAACCAGCAGAGAUGAACUUUUUCUGAACUUGGUUAUGGAAUAUGUCCCUGAGACAAUGUACCGAGUUCUAAAACACUACUGUAGUAUGAACCAGAGGAUGCCCCUCAUCUAUGUUAAACUUUACACUUACCAAAUUUUUAGGGGACUGGCAUAUAUCCAUACUGUACCUGGAGUUUCCCAUAGAGAUGUGAAGCCUCAAAAUCUUUUGGUUGAUCCUCUUACACACCAAGUGAAGCUUUGUGAUUUUGGGAGUGCAAAAGUUCUGGUAAAGGGUGAAUCAAACAUUUCCUACAUAUGUUCACGAUAUUAUCGAGCUCCCGAACUAAUAUUUGGUGCGACAGAAUACACAACUUCAAUUGAUAUCUGGUCAGCUGGUUGUGUCCUUGCUGAGCUUCUUCUAGGCCAGCCAUUAUUUCCUGGAGAAAACCAGGUGGACCAACUUGUGGAAAUCAUCAAGGUUCUUGGUACUCCGACUCGUGAAGAAAUUCGUUGCAUGAACCCAAAUUAUACAGAUUUUAGAUUUCCACAGAUUAAAGCUCACCCUUGGCACAAGGUUUUUCACAAGCGAAUGCCUCCUGAAGCGAUUGAUCUUGCUUCAAGGCUUCUCCAAUAUUCACCAAGUCUUCGAUGUACUGCGCUGGAAGCAUGUGCACACCCUUUCUUUGAUGAGCUUCGUGAACCUAAUGCCAGGCUACCUAAUGGCCGCCCACUGCCCCCGCUUUUCAACUUUAAACAGGAACUGUCUGGAGCAUCACCUGAAUUGAUCAGCAAACUCAUCCCAGAGCAUGUUAGGCGGCAGAGUAUUCUGGGCUUCCAGCUUCCACCUGGUACAUAGAUGUAAAGAGAAGAUGGGGGAAAAAAGGAGUAAACCAAUCUAGUGAUCAACAAGAAACAAGAAACAAAGGAGGACCUGUCUUUGGUCAUCAUAAGUGGGGGUUCUGGCGCGAUUUGCACUUUUUGUCCCCAUGUGAGGAUGUAUACAUGUAGUGGCUGCUUGGCAUAACCUGGAAAUUGGUGAUUGUCUAAUAUGUCAUUUUAGUUAUAAAAAAAAAAAAGCAUACUUAUUUACUGCAUCUGUACAUUGUUUUUUUAUCAGAUCCCAGAAGGCUAGGAGUAUAGAAUGUUGAUCGAAUUCGCAUCUGCAUAGGUACGAGCUGCCAGAGCCUACCAGAAAAUCAAGGGGGCCUUGGCAGUAAGUUUGUGUCGCCUUUUUUACAUGAUCAUAUCCAUGGUGUUUCUAUUUAUACAAGUGUCAAUAUUUGGGUUCGAAGCUAUUUUUUUUUUGUGCAUUGUUCACUUCACUUGUCCAGUACCACUUCGCUGUCUUGACGUAAGCGGCAUGAUUUGUAUCCUGUGUUCUAGACUGUCCCCUUCAGAAAAUGACAAGAUUCAAGACGGAAGGAUAGCUCUUGAUCCGAGAUAUUUCCAUCAGGUUGGCAUGACGACGGAGUCAUUGGAUUUCCUAUAUAGAUGUAUAUUUGAUUUGGCUCCCUCACAGAAAAACCAUACCUGUGAGUGGCAAUGAUGACGCAUGGAUGUUUCUUUAUAAUGGGAGACCGGGAGCCUUUUCUCUGGUAGUCCUUUACUUUAAUUGGCCCUUCUCUCCUCCACGCCCAAAAGAAAGGGAAAACAGUAGGUUCUUAUUUUUGUUGUGUUUUUUUCUUCUUUCUAUAAUUUUAUUUCAUUCCCUUUAGUUUGAUUCGUGUGGAUUGUUAAUCUCUGUAGUUUUAAAAAUACACAUUAGAUCCAUGACUUGGUAUUGACAGAGUUACUUUGUUGAUGUGUUUUCAACUCUAUUAA